UCUUCCCCCGCGCAGCGCCCCUACGUGGCGGUGCUGAUAGUGCCCACGGGCGUGGGCGCGGAGAUCGGGGGGUUCGCGGGGGACGCGCUGCCGGUGGCGCGCGCGUUCAGCAGCGUGGCGGAGUGUCUGAUCGCGCACCCUAACGUGCUCAACGGCGCCAUGCUCUACUGGCCGCUGCCGCGCGCGCUCUACGUGGAGGGCCACGCGCUGGACCGCUUUGCGCGCGGCGAGUGGGGGCUGCAGCCCGUGCACAGCAACCGCGUGGGGCUCGUGUUCGACCGCGCCAUCGAAGAGGACCUCCUCCAACGCCACCUGCAGGUGGCAGACGCUGCGAGGGCAACACUGGGAAUUGACAUAGUGGGAUACACCGUCACCGACCGCCCCCUCAAGGUGCACAAGUGGGUGGACGGCGCCACGGGUGCAGCCACGGGGCGCAUCGACGAGGCGGACUCGCUGCUGCGCGCCGUGCACACACUGCUCGCCGCACCCCUCGCCGCACACCCGCCCUCCCACGCACACGCCCUCUCGCCCGCAGCAGCGCCCGCUACAGGGGCCCGUGGGGUGGACGCGGUGGGGGUGGUGGCGCGCUUCCCUGACGACGCGGAGGAGGUGCUGCAGCAGUACCGCGAGGGGCAGGGCGUGGACGUGCUGGCGGGCGUGGAGGCCGUCAUCUCCCACCUCGUUGUCCACCGCUUUCAACUCCCCGCCGCCCACGCCCCCGCCCUCGCCCCCCUGCCCCUCCUGCCCUCCAUCGCCCCGCGCUCCGCCGCUGAAGAGAUUGGCCACACGUUCCUGCCAUGUGUGCUGGCUGGCCUCUCACGCGCGCCCCGCCUCGUCACACGUCACGCCCCUCCCACCACCGCAGCCAAACGCACAGGGGCAGGCGGAGGGCAGGAGGGGCAGGAGGGGCAGGAGGGGGCGGCGAUUGCGAGCAGCAUUCCCACCAUCAUUGGGGGCGCAUGGGACUACAGCAGAGAUGGUGGCAGCAGCAGCAGCGGCACGAGCACCAGCAUGAGCAGCAUGGGGGGAGGCGGAGGGGUGGUGUGGGCAGAGGACGUGGACUGUGUGGUGCUGCCCGUGGAUGCCUUCGGCAGCCCUGCCGCCCAGGCCCUCGCUCGCCGACCAGGCGGCCCGGUCAGUGCUGCACGCUGCCAUGCUGUGCUGCACGCUGCCAUGCUGUGCUGCACGCUGCCAUGCUGUGCUGCAUGCUGCCAUGCUGUGCUGCACGCUGCCAUGCUGUGCUGCACGCUGCCAUGCUGUGCUGCACGCUGCCAUGCUGUGCUGCAUGCUGCCAUGCUGUGCUGCACGCUGCCAUGCUGUGCUGCACGCUGCCAUGCUGUGCUGCACUCUGCCAUGCUGUGCUGCACUCUGCCAUGCUGUGCUGCACUCUGCCAUGCUGUGCUGCACGCUGCCAUGCUGUGCUGCACUCUGCCAUGCUGUGCUGCUGUCACUGCUCUGGGCUCACAGCAACAUGCUUCACUGCACGCACUUGCUCUGCUGCAUCUAGCUGAAUGCUCAUCCUUGUACCUGCAUUCCCUGCGCCCCUCUUUGCCCAUCCCUGCACGUGCCUGUGUGCGCCCAUGGGUGGCCAUCAGCCGCUGUUCAUAG